UGAAACUGUCAGCAGCAGCAGGUCUCACCACCGAGCUGUAGGAUUCCCGCACUUAUCUACCCCUGCUUUUGGAUCGCUGAAGUAUUUGUGGUCGCCAUUGAACUUCCCAGAGGAUUUUUUAAACUUUUUUUUGGAGUCUUUCUUAUUUUGGGGGAUUUUAAUGAAGAAAAUCAUGUUGGGGAAUUGGCCGGUCGUCCUGUUGAUUGUGUUGUGUUUGGUUGGCGUGCUGGAGGCUGACGAGUGCACGCCGUGUCAUCUCCGGACUUGUCCCGUCAAGACGACCCGAGGCUGCGACGAUAGCCGGACCCUGGCCAAGGAUCCAUGCGGAUGCUGUGAGCACUGUGCCCGGCUAGAGUGGGAGCCGUGCGGCGGACAGGACUGGAGCCUCGGCUACUGUUCCCUGGGGCUGACCUGCGCCUCUUUUAACUCCACAGAAGCUGCCAUCAUCCCUCAAAUUGGUGUUUGUAAAGAUCUUCCAGAUAAUCCAGAGGCCGGUCUUGAGGAUGAGCGAUGCCCCCUAAUGACAGGCUGUGAAAGAGCAGACGAUCAGUGUGUUUGUGAUGCCAGACACACCUGCUUGGGCUUUUUCACCUACCCAGACCAGGAGGCUUGCAUGAAGGCCCAUUCAGAGGGUCGGAACCACGAACGACACAAGCAGAAGUAUGUGGGACCGUCACGUCCGGCCUGUAUGUUUUCUGGAUGUAACUUGACCACGGAUGGCUGUGUGUGCGAGUCUCAGAGCUGCAGCCACCACUUCACCUACAUCAACCGCAGCCAGUGCCAGGAAGCCGCAGAAGAGCUAAAAUGUGCCCGAGUGACCUGCACUGCUGUCCAGGUUCCUUCCUGCCCCAAAGGCUCUGUUUUGACCAAGAGCUAUACCCCCCCUGCUGGUUGCUGCCCUUCUAUCCUACCGCAGUGCACCUGUGACCUCCGGGCCUGCCAUUAUCCCCAGUGCCCAAGCGGUCAGCGUGCUUUGCCGCUCAGCAAGGCCAGCGGUCAGCCUGGCGACUGCUGUGAUGUCAUCGAAUGCCAGAAAGUCUCCCCAAAGUGUGUUCACAACGGGACGGAGUUUUCUGAUGGGGACGUGUAUCGCAUGAACCCCUGCUGGUUGUGUCAGUGCCGGGGAGGAAUCUCCUUCUGUUCCAAGGCUGAGUGUGCCGAGCUUGACUGUGAGAACUUCUACAUUCCUGAGGGCGAGUGCUGCCCUGUCUGCAUAGAUGUGGAGUUACUGUCAGUGGACAGCACAAAGGCCAGCUGUUGGGUGAACAACAAGCUGCGUGCCCACGAGGAGCAGUGGAAAGAGGACGACUGCACCUUCUGCCAAUGUGUGGAUGGUGAGCCACACUGCACCGCCAUGGCCUGCAAACAAAGCUGCCAGAAUCCUGUCAAGAUACCCGGAGAGUGUUGCCCCUUCUGCGAAGAGCCUUCCUAUGAAACAGUCAGCCCCAUGCUCUGUCCUCCUCUGGAAAACUGCAGUCUUUCUGAGAAGGAUUGUCCUUAUGGAUUCUAUCAAGACACCAAUGGAUGUCUUCUCUGCCAAUGUCUGAACAAUGACUCCUGCCCUGACCUGGAAAAAUACUGCUCCCUGCAAUGCUCAAUGGGAUACGUGAGGGAUGACUUUGGCUGUGAGGUGUGCGAGUGCAGCAUUCCCGUGCCCAGGUGCCGACCUUUGACCUGCACCAAGACCUGCCCCUAUGGAUAUAUUCGCAACAAGCACGGCUGUGAAAUGUGUCGCUGUGUCAAGUGUCCCCCCUUCACCUGUGACAAGCACUGCAGUGACGGCUACAGGCAGAACAAGAAGGGCUGCUCGAUCUGCAUGUGUAAAGUGAGUGCCCAUAGCCCCAGCACCACCGCCUCCGUUCCAUUUCCCAGCUUUUGCUUUUCUUCUAACGGCCACCGAUACGAGGAAGGGGAAAGCUGGCACGAUGGCUGCCGCGACUGUUACUGUCAUUCUGGAAGAGAGAUGUGUGUGCUGAUAUCUUGUCCUGCGCCCAGCUGCUCUCAUCCUGUAGUGAAGCCUGACCAGUGUUGUCCAACUUGUGAAGACGAGUCAGGUAGCGGUCUGCCCGAGGGGAUGGACAUGGUGGUGUGCAGAGCCCCUGGAGGGGAGUUCUAUGUGGAGGGCGAGACCUGGGACCUGGAUGAGUGUACCCGCUGCACCUGCAGACAGGGACGCGUCCUGUGCGACACUGAAGUGUGCCCCCCAGCUCUGUGCCAGACACCCACCAAGAACAAGGACACCUGUUGUCAUGCAUGUCCCGAUGAGACGCAGAGUCCGCUGCUGCCAGUGAACACCAGCCAACAGGAGUACUGCAUCACCAGCGAUGGAGACGUGCUGCUGGCGGGAGACUCCUGGAAGACCAACGCUUGCACCAGCUGCACCUGCAACAACGGCACCAUUCAGUGUUUCUCCCAGCGUUGCCCGCCUGCCAACUGCAGGGUGCCCGUCUUACGCAAGGGCCAGUGUUGCCCGCACUGUCUCGAAAUGACGACAUCUGCGACAAUCUUGCUGUUGACCGUCACCCCGAAAGCGACGGUCACGACAAGCGUGCAGCGAGCUGAUAGGAACGAUGCCGUCACAGAACCGGCUGUUGUUGCUGACACAGAUGAGACGAUGUUGGGUGACAGUUACCCUAACCAAUCAGAGAUGGCUCUCAUCUACCAAUCAGCUGCAUGGAUCCUGGCAGGUCUCCUCCUGGCCAUCAUCGUCUUCCUCAUUGUGGCUUUGCUCAUCAACAAGAAAAAGAAGUGGGUGCAGAUGUCCUGCUACAGUGCACCAAAGAAGACCGUUAUUCUCAAGCACGUCAACAAGAACUCUGUGGUCUACAUGGAGCCCUCCAAGGAGAACAAGUUUCAGAACGUGAAGAACGACUGCGGGAUCCAUUUCUCCCCUGAGAUGAGUUCUCCCUGCACAGACAAGAUGAUCAUCCCCAGAGCCAAGCUGGCCAACAACUGGACGGCGCGCUAACACCCGCCGUCAGCACCAUCUCCCGCUGUAUCCAUGGUGAUUUGUGCAUGGACGCACACACUCCACGGAAGCAGCUCCCGACCUGCGCUUCUCUCUGUGACUGGAAGAAGCAGAGUGAAGCCACACUUGAAGUGUUUGGACCAUAGCCAGCAUGGACAAUGAGAUGCUGAGGACAUCUUGUCUCUCUGCUUUGCCCUGAUCACUGAGGCUCCUCAGUCAGACUUCAAACUUUGUGACCUUAUCGCUUGUUUUUGCCUCCUUUUGGACAAGAAAGGGAGAGGAAAAGCUUUAGGAUGGGGGGGCUCCAGCUUAAAGAAGUUUACAGGAUGGAUGUUGUCUGGAUCUCUCACAGGUCGGCCAAAGGAACUGAAUCCUCCAAACUGGAACGAUCCAUCCGGCUUGACACACCCUAUGUUAGUACUUUGUGUAUAUAGCAGCAGUAUUUGUAUCCAUGUUCUUCUAGGCCAACUCUGUAUUUCUUGGAUGUAUCUUCUUGGGGGCCAAAUUUUUGCUUGGUUGAAACAUUCCCACCUUCACACACACACACAAACCUCACAAGAAGCCACAGGAAUUCCCGCUGGGGUCUUUGGUCAUACACAAAUUAGGGGUUGUAAAUAAUGACACAAAAUGGUGUCCAUUCAGGAAGAAUGUAAAAGAUAUUGAAAUGUUUAAGGAAAUUCAGAGCUCCACAUAAUCCAUAAAGGGUUAAUCGAGGUAAAUUAACUUUGGUCUGUUGUAGACGUUUCACCUUUUUAUCCUUUGGAUGUAAAAUAGUUUCACCUAUUUAAGUCCGGAGUGUGUGUUUCAUAGAUUGCCGUUUGCCUGUCUGAUGGCAGAACUCUUUCUGUGGAACGAGACAAUCAUUAGGGGAGAGAUGCCAGGACAUUUUUGUAAACGAUAGGUGAUGACGUUAGCCUCGUCCAGUUAAACAAUAAACAUUUUGUCGUAAUAAAAAAAUUUAUCUAAUCACUGUAGUAUCGACCAUUUACUGAUACUAUAUAUAAUUACUGUUGAUUUUGAACCAAUCUUCCCACCUUUUGUUUACAUUCACAAGCUCUAGCAUGGCCAUUUAAAACUAUUUUCUUUAGCACAAACGUCUAUAAACUUGCCUUAUAUCCUCUUACGGUGUGCAGUGUAGCAUGUUUAGUUAUUUAACAUCCUCCAGUGGCAACUUAGUUUAUUUGCUGCCAUGGAGGUGAGGAUUACCAUAUUUUUCGGAGUAUAAGUCGCACCGGAGUAUAAGUCGCACCUGCCGAAAGUGCAUAAUAAAAGAGGAAAAAAACAUAUAAGUCGCACUGGAGCCUGACCAAACUAUGAAAAAAAAACUGCGACUUAUAGUCCGAAAAAUACGGUAGUUGGCAGCUAGCGAGGACGCUAUGAUGCGCUGAGUACACCUUUGUUCACUUGUCACUGUCAAAUAUGCAGAAUACAGCUGAAAUGUCAUCAAAAUGCAUGAUAACAAUAUUACAAUCCCUAUUGUCGACCAAAUGUAUUUCAUUUCUAUUGUCUAUAUUGCAUAGCCCUAACCUACAGUGUGUUAAAGCAGAAAGGCUCUCGAAACAGAAGGUUUGUGCCUCAACAAUGUCCUGACAUCCCUCCCCCAAAGAUUAUCUCAUUCCACUGGAAAAGUCCCCCCUAAAUAGGUUCUUACAGGUCGUUUAUACAGGGCGGUCCUUCAGUAACAACCCUAUUGUGAUCAGACUCAUGGCCGUAACUACCAUUUACGUAAAGAAGCACAUGUCCAAUUACUGAAUAAGGCGCUUCAAAUUUUGAUCAUCAUAUUCUGUCAUCUGUCACUGAUGAGAGAAUAUGGAAACAGAUUUGGCCCUUCUACUUCUGCUUGCUCUCGUGGCGUGCAUCAUUGUUGCAAAUCUGAAGGUCUUGGGUUCAAAUCCCUGUCGUAGUGAAACUAAAUAAGUUUUUUUAAACCGAUGUUUUAAUGUUAAAUUCUUUAAUACGCUAAACUUUAGCAUAUUAAUAAAAAAGUGGACGGUUACAAAAUGAUGCUGAUUGUCAAAGAUGUUUUAUAAUAUAACAGCUGAUAGUUCUACCUAAAUGAAAUGCAUUGUGUUGCUCAAGGUAAUAUUAUUUAUAUGUUGUGAUACACAUUAUUUCAGCCUCUCAAGGCUCCUCCCGGUCUGGACCACCAAUUUUACACCUCGGUUUUUGUCAAAUCCUAGUUACGGCCCAGUCCACACCAACAGCAAUUGGAACUGAAGCACCUUUUAGGAUAAAUGGUGAAACAUUUUCCACAAACAAAAAUAAUCCAGUUGCUUUAAGUUAAAUGUUGCAGCUUUAAAGCCUGUUACCGCUCUACUACUCCAUUAGGAAAUGACAAAAGCAGUCCAAGAUUUACUAUUUUUCUGUCACUUACCGUUCCCUUUUUUUAACCGUCAGUCACAGGAAAUCACAAACUGAAGUUCGUUAAAGCAACAAAUUGUUAAAAAUACAACAAAAAGAGCUUAGGUGGUGCCGGUGAAUAAUAUUAACAAUAAAAGUCUAGAAUUUCUUGUGAUGGUAGUUCUGGAUUCUGGAGUGUACUUUUUCCACCCAGAGAUGCAUGUAGAAGUAUUGAAGGAUUGAUAUUCUUCACUGAGCUCAAACCAAUCCAAUGUAUGCUAAGUUAUUUGAAGUAGCAUUGUAGUAUAGUUACUAAUGUACCGUAAUAUAACAUUGACAUGUUAUUAGAUGUUUACAAUGUGCCAAUAAAACAAGCUGGGUGCUGAAAAAAAAAAAAAGACCCUCGGGUCUCACUUUGGAUACCCAGGCCUCGCUGAAAGUAUUGAUGGACCAGCCUGGACAGGUCAAAGGUCAACACAUACUUUGUGUUAACGCAGUGGCACAAAAAUAACUUUGACAGUGUCACUUGUUUAUUGCCACUAAUUGGUUCCAGACAUGUCCGCUAUAAAUACAUUUCUGCAAAGUAGGAAUCAUUCAUUAUAAGCAGAAUAUUUCCAUACAACAUAAAACACGUCACGACCUUCUAAAUGUGUUGUUCGACAUGAAAGUCCUCUAAACAAGAAAUAACACUCUUUAGUCACCUUUACACUCUUUUAAUCCAAUUUAUUAACGCUGCCUGAGGUUGAGCCAAUCAGUGGCAACGAUAUUGAACGGUUUGGUUUGGUCUCCUCUAGUGGCCAAUAUUACUGAAGUAUUGAUAUUCUUAUGCUUGAAAAUGUUCAAUUUAGACCAGUGGUUCUUAACCUUGUUGGAGGUACCGAACCCCACCAGUUUCAUAUGCGCAUUCACCCAACCCUUCUUUAGUGAAAAAUACAAUGAUUUUUAUUUUUCAAAUUCAAGACAAAGUUAUAUGUUUUUGGUAACACUUUAGUAUGGGGAACAUAUUCUAAGUAACAAAGACUUAAUUUAGAGUUAUUUGGUUAGGGUUAUAAUAAGGCCAUGCCGAAUAAGGCAUUAAUAAGUACUUAAUGACUAGUUAAGAGCCAAUAUGUUACUAAUUUGCAUGUUAAUAAGCAACUAAUUGAUGGUGAAUAUGUUCCCCAUACUAAAGUGUUACCAUGUUUUUUUUACUGGUGCACAAAAUGAACCGUGCAUGAACAUCACCUUGUUCAAACAACAAAACCAACACAGUGCAUAAACUCACAACAAACUACACACCUGCAAAUCAGUCAGCUGUUGCCGUAUCCGUAAUACGCCGAUAGGGAGAAGUUUUUAUUUACACAAUGUUUCGGGUGUGUUUUGAUCUCCACCGAACCCCUAGGGUUCGAUUGCACCCAGGUUAAGAACCACUGAUUUAGGACGACAAAAAUGUAGAAUAAGCCCCCCAAAAUAUAAAUACAAAAAUAUUGAUGUGGUGAAGCCUCAAUAUUCAAAGUGCAAUGUGGCGUGUAUUUAAAAAGUGUUUGGGGAGCAGAAUAAAAAUAUUAUUAAAUGAUUUACUAAUUCAGUACAAAAUAUUAGAAUCCCACUGAAGAGAACAUUUGAAUACAAUACUUUGAUUUAUUCACUAGUAUGAAGAAAAUAACUAUUACGAACAAAAAAAAAAUAAAGCAAAAACAACUUUUUACAAGACAAAACUUGACUUUGUUAAAUUAAAAAAAAAAAAAGUUCAUACAAUUACAACUUUAUUCCGACUUAUUUUUGUUAGUAAUAUUCAGAUGUUACUCAUCAAAUGACGAACUCAUACUCAUUACUGGAGUAGUUUUCAUUGUGGCCGAAACCUAAUGCAGAACACAUUACGACAUCGGAGCUUGUUACAUGUAGCACUUUCCGGCUUAGUUGUUUUUUCUGUUCCUAACUCCACUGCAGGAUUCUUGGAGGGAUUAACAUGAUAAUCAGAUAUUUGCACACAGUAACCACAUACUGAACUGUCAAAGCUGGAGGCCUCGCACCAAUCUGAUUAAAGUAGAAUUUCAUUUUUUCAAACAAUCCAAUGUUGAUAAAGGGGAUUGUCAUGCCAAAUUUAGUAGGAAAUAUAUCUUGACUUUUUACUUAGUGACUGAGUAGGUUUGUUUGACCAUGAUGAUUAUUAUGUGCUUUAAAAUGAAGUGUGAAAGAUCCCCAGUUCUGUUAUUUUUAAUGUAAAAAAAAUUGUUUAAAUUAGAGCAGAAGAGUACCCUAUUUAUUUUUUCACAUAGCUUUAUUUAUUAAUACUGUAGUUUGACUUGUUUUUUUCUUGGAGUUAUGACCUUUGGUAGCCAAAGCUGCUGUACAUUUUAGACCAUUUACAUCCAUUUGCUAUACCAUUACCGCCUUAUUUAUUUUGCUGUUUCAAGCCCUGUAAAUAAGUGAAACUGUAACAUUUACCUAUUUUGAAAAAUAAAUGUGUAAA